UGAUGUGAAUGGGCAUGACCAUAGGGCAUGACGCAUCAUUCAGGAACUGCUCUCACUGCUGAACUAGUGAAACACAUCGCUGUUCCGCUAGCUCGUAUACUUUUUCUCAAGAUACAAAUAAAAGGAUGUCAGAGAUGAGUUCAAUCCAGGAUAGUUUACAGUCAAAACUGGAUCAGCUGGAGUGUCACUUCACUUGGGACAUUAAAAAAGGGGAUCUCGCCUUGACAAAUAUCAUCAACAGGCUUGAGGAACAGGUCGAGUUGGGUCUAGGGAACCAGCAGGGAGUUGCACGAACUCACUGCUCUUUAGGAUAUGUGAAAUUCCUUAUUGGGCAUAAAAAAAGGGCUCUUACUCACCUGUUGAAAUCUGAGACACUCAUUAAAGAAAACCUGGGGAUCAACUGUGACAAGACUCUCAUUGUCACCUAUGGGAAUUUUGCCUGGAUAAACUACCAUAUGAAGAACUACGCAGAAUGUGAAAGUUACCUGAUGAAGCUUCAGAAGAUAAAUGAAACACUUUCAAUCGAGCCUUCAUCUGUUUCUGAAGUGCUUGGUGAGAAGGGAUGGGCCUAUCUUAAAUUAUCUCACAAAUAUUAUGACAAAGCCGCAGAAGUUUUUCAGAAGGCUGUGGAACUGGAUCCAGAAAAUAGCGAAUGGAACGCCGGUUAUGCAAAAGCUCUGUAUCGCACCGAACCAGGCACAUAUUGCACUGUGGAUUCACCUGCAAUCAAGCAGCUGAGACAGACCAUUGACAUCGAGCCAGAUGAUGAUUCCUCUAGAGUUCUUCUAGGACUUAAACUUUACUUAUGUUCCAAAGAGUUGAAGAAUGAGUCUGAGAAACUGAUGGAGAGAGCUCUGAAAGGCUCUCCAGAAAAUCCACAUGUCAUAAGAUAUGUUGGGAAGUACUUCAGGAAUCAAGGAUCUGUAGACAGGUCAAUUGAACUGCUGAGCACAGCACUUGAAACCUCACCAAACUCAGCCUUCAUACAUCAUCAGUUGGCAUUGUGCUACAAGACCAAGAAAAUUGAUUUACAGAAAGAACAAUGGGAAGGAAACAAGUUUGAGGUAAAUCAAGCACGUGAUCAGUGCAUUUACUAUUUAGAAAAGGCAACUUCUCUAAAAGCUUCCUUUGUCUUUGCCAUGAGUGACCUCGCACUUCAAUACGGGGAGAAACGUAAUCUGCCCAAGGCAGAGGAACUGUUUGCCAGAACAUUUAAAGCAGCUAGAGAGAAUAAUGAUGGUGUGCAUGUAGUACAUUAUUACUAUGCUGAGUUCCAACAGUACUGCAACAGAUGCGAGGACUUAGCAAUCAAACACUACAAGGAGUGUUUGAAAAUCAGUCCACAAUCUAGUGAGGGGUAUAGAAGUGCAAAGAAACUGAAAAACAUUGCCCAGAGAUAUAUCAAGUAUGACCCAGGUGAUUGGAAGGCCAAUGAAAUACUGGGAUUCCUUUAUAAAAUGAAAGAGGAAAUGUUCGGGGACACCAAGAGCUAUGCAGCCACUUCAGACAAUGAAGACGAUGAUGAAACCCUCAGCAAUCUUUGUGAGAUUAAUUGCAAUAUAUAAACUUUCUACAAAGAUGCAUAAAUUAGUUGCAAAAAAAAAAAAAAAAAAAACGUAUCUGUGCACAAAAAA